CGCCAGCCCCGGCUUCCAGCUGGUGCUAGUGCUGGACCUGAGAACCGGAGGGGCGUGCACGCGCGCGCCCUCGUCCUGUCGCGCGCUCGGUGUCACCUUGGGCGCGAGCGGGGCCGCGCGCGCACGGGACCCGAAGCCGAGGGCCAUUGAGAGGUGAUGGCGGCGACGGCGAGUCCCGGGGCCGGCGGGAUGGACGGGAAGCCCCGUACCUCCCCAAAGUCCGUCAAGUUCCUGUUCGGGGGCCUGGCCGGGAUGGGAGCUACAGUUUUUGUUCAACCCCUGGACCUAGUGAAGAACCGAAUGCAACUGAGCGGAGAAGGGGCCAAGACAAGGGAGUACAAAACCAGCUUCCAUGCUCUCACCAGUAUCCUAAAGGCAGAAGGGCUGAAGGGCAUUUACACUGGGCUGUCAGCUGGUCUCCUGCGACAGGCCACCUACACCACUACUCGCCUUGGCAUUUAUACUGUGCUUUUUGAGCGCCUGACUGGGGCUGAUGGUACACCCCCUGGUUUUCUGCUGAAGGCCCUGAUUGGCAUGACUGCGGGUGCAACUGGUGCCUUUGUGGGAACACCAGCUGAGGUAGCUCUUAUCCGUAUGACUGCUGAUGGUCGGCUUCCAGCUGAUCAGCGCCGUGGCUACAAAAAUGUGUUUAAUGCCCUGAUCCGAAUUGCCCGGGAAGAGGGAGUCCCCACACUGUGGCGGGGCUGUAUUCCUACAAUGGCUCGGGCUGUUGUCGUCAAUGCAGCCCAACUUGCCUCCUACUCCCAAUCCAAGCAGUUCUUACUAGACUCAGGCUACUUCUCUGACAAUAUUCUGUGCCACUUUUGUGCUAGCAUGAUCAGUGGCCUGGUUACCACUGCUGCCUCUAUGCCUGUGGACAUUGUCAAGACCCGGAUCCAGAACAUGCGAAUGAUUGAUGGGAAGCCAGAAUACAAGAACGGGCUGGAUGUGCUGAUGAAGGUCGUCCGCUAUGAGGGUUUCUUCAGCCUGUGGAAGGGCUUUACACCAUACUAUGCCCGCCUGGGCCCCCACACUGUCCUCACCUUCAUCUUCUUGGAGCAGAUGAACAAGGCCUACAAACGUCUCUUCCUCAGUGGCUGAGCGGGCAGGGGACCUGGAGCCAAUGUGCUGGGGCUCCCAGUCACCCAUUGCUCCUACAGUCACUGUACACCAGGAAGCACAGACUCUGCUGCUCUAGGCCCCUCUAUUUAUUUCCCCUCCACAGUUUGGUUUCCUCCUUGUGGUAAAAGGAUUUCAGUCUGUUCUACCCUCUGCUGCAGUUUGCCCUGCUUGGCCUGAUUCUUCUGACCACUCUGUCCUUGGCUGUUCCUUGGGGGAGCUGGGAAACUCAAGGAUUUCUAGAUUCCCCUUGGGUGUUAGUUUUAGGGCACAGAGGACAACAGAAAAUCCCCCUUCUGUGGGGAAGCCAUGGCAGAGCAGAGGAGACAGAAGAAAGCAGAAGCUAUCAAGAUGGUGAAAAGGUCUACAGUGGGCGGAUGUGGCUUUUCCCUCACUGAGGACAUAAUAAAUUGAAUUGCUGACACCA